AUGACCCUAAACCUCCAAACCAAGAAGCCAAAACCAGUGAAUUGUUUGGUUGUACGAUCCAUCUGUGUGAUCCUGAUCAGGAAGGUUGAUACUGAUAACUGGACUCCAUCUAGUUCUUUUGGUCUCAAGAUUCUAGGGCCUGUGAUUGCACUUCUACCUGGAGUUCUGCCUCUCCAAGUCAUCCUGUCAGACUCCAACUACAAUGACACUUUCUUCUCCUUAACAGGCCUUCCAGGCCUUGAGGCUGUGUACACCUGGCUCUCUAUUCCCCUGUGUGCCAUGUAUGUGGCUUCCCUGGUGGGGAACAGCCUGAUCCUCUGGGUGGUAUGGUCAGAGCCCACCCUUCACCAGCCCAUGUACUACUUUCUGUCCAUGCUGGCACUGACUGACCUGGGCCUCUCUGCCUCCACGCUGCCCACUGUGCUCACCAUCUACAUGCUGGGUGCCACUGUGGACGUGUGCCUGGUGCAGCUCUUCUUCAUCCACACAUUCUCCAUCAUGGAAUCCUCUGUGCUGCUGACCAUGGCCUUUGACCGUUUUGUGGCCAUCAGAAGCCCUCUUCACUAUGGCACCAUCCUCACAAACACCCGGGUUGCCAUCUUGGGCUUGGCCGUUGUGGUACGCAGUAUCGGUCUCCAUAUUCCGGCCCCCAUCAUGCUGAAGAUGCUGCCUUACUGCCGAAAUCACCUGCUUUCCCAUUCCUACUGCCUGCACCCUGACGUCAUGAAGCUGGCCUGUGCUGACACCCACAUCAACAGCGCCUAUGGGCUCUUUGUGGUGUUCUCCACGCUGGGGGUGGACUCAGUGCUCAUUGUCCUCUCCUACGGGCUGAUCUUCCAAACAGUGCUGUCCAUCGCCUCAAAGACUGAGCGCCUCAAAGCCCUCAACACAUGCGUCUCCCACAUCUGUGCUGUGCUACUCUUCUACACACCUAUGAUUGGCCUGUCCAUGAUCCACCGAUUUGGGAAGCGGGCUUCCCCAUCCUGCCGUGUGCUGCUCUCCUAUCUUCAUUUUCUCACACCGCCGGUACUCAAUCCGGUUGUUUACACUAUCAAGACCAAGGAAGUUCGAGUGAGGAUGCUGCGCCUCUUCAGGUUUAGUCGGGGUGGCAUCAGAGACAUCCAGGCUCAUUAAAUCUUUGCUGUAGAAAGAAAACACUGGAGAGGUUCUAGUAUAGUUGUUGCUCUGAGCAUAGAAUGAGUCACAUAGAAAGGAGUAGAAAGUAAAGGAGACAUCAUCUUCUACAUGAAGUCCUCUCACUUAUGGGAAGAAGUAAUCCACCUUCUCAUUUACUUAGUCUUCCAUUAAAAAAGUAUGAUAUUAAUUAAAAACCUAUUAUGUUCAAUACACUAGUUUCCAUUAUAGACUCCAAAAAUAUAUGAUACAGCUUUUGUUU